UCUGGUGGCCUGUAUGGGGAUUCUCCAAAGUGGCAUUGGAACCUUGAAAAGACAAAUAAGCUUUGCCUCCCUUCCUUGUUCAUUAUGAACAAACUAUCAACAAAAACCAUCCUGUUCAGCCAGUUUCUCAGAGCAACCGUGGGAGUCACAGCAGUUCUUCUGUCACCAUGAAGGGGACCUGCUCAGAUGCCAUCCUUGUUCUAGCUACCUCCAUGUGGAUGGCCUUUGCAAUUGACUUCCCCCUUCCUAUGGCCUCUGAAAGAGGUCAGCUAGGAGAAACAAAAGUUGAAUGCCUCAAGAAUAUAAAUAACUGCUGGUUUUUGUCCUACAUCGAGCCCAGUGAACCUAUUUGUGGCAGUGACAAGGUUACCUACAGUAGUGAGUGCCAUCUCUGCUCCAAAAUUCUAUUUGAAGGGCUUAACAUAACUAAACUGUAUGAUGGACAAUGUGAAAACUCUUGAACGUACCACAAAGAAUUAGAAAACCUACUGAAUCUCCACAUGGCCAAGUGAAACACAAUGGUUGCCUCUUCAAAUACAUCCCCUUUAAUUACUAAUGGUUGGAUCAAACUCGUUGAUUUCUGUCUUCAAUAAAUGGUUCUCAGCAGAAAACCUGGCUGGCAAACAUUUCUCUUGGUUAAUAAGAAUCUUUAAAAAAUAUCAGAUAUUCUAUUUUCUCAUCCCAAAUCUACAUGACUCAUGCCAUGGGUUCCCUCUGUUCUUACACAGAUUGUGAGCAAAUGACCACAGAAAUCUAAAAUCUUAGUAAGAAGAGCAAGUUUUGUGGUGUUUUUAACUUGCCUUAUACCCAUUCUCCCUACCCCAACUCUGCUGUAGGCUUAAAUUAAACCAACCCUGAUAUCAUGGUGGAAACCAGCUCCUAAAAGACACGAAAGGGGGAAGAACAGGUUUGGAGGUCCCCAAAAACACCAUUUCCAGAAAAUGAUCAUUAUUUGAUUUGCCUGGCAGUUCCCUAGAGACCUCCUCUAGCAGGCUUGCCUUUGACUUUUUGUUUUGUUUUGUUUUAACCUGACUGAGAGUUCUGUCACCAAGAACUUUUUCCCUGAGGCAUCUGUC